AUGACCACAAAAUCCACCAGUCUGGUUCUGGGUGGAAAGGCCUCCUCCUCCCCCCUCCUGUCGUCUCCACCCUGUCAGCGCCUCGUCACCAAAGAUGGACACUGUGCUCUCCAGCCUCCCCUGUACCCUUCGGGGUCAUGGCGGGGAGCUCUGGGCAAGGCGUGGUUGCUGGCCUUGCAGGACCUGUGGGGUCUGUUGGUGGGUCUGCGGUGGCGGUGGGUCCUCUUGGCCUUCUGUGCAUCCUUCCUGGCACACUGGCUGCUCUUUGCCUGCCUCUGGUACCUGCUGGCCCACCUGAAUGGAGACCUAGCGGUGCAGGACCAUGAUUCCCCCCCACAAGGACAUGUGGUGUGUGUGAAGCACAUCACCAGUUUCACAGCAGCCUUCUCCUUCUCCCUGGAAACCCAACUGACAAUUGGGUAUGGCACCAUGUUCCCCAGUGGAGACUGUCCCAGUGCCAUCGCCCUGUUGGCUGUGCAGAUGCUGCUUGGGCUCAUGCUGGAGGCUUUCAUCACAGGUGCCUUUGUAGCCAAAAUUGCCCGUCCUCAGAAGCGUGCAGGAGCGAUCCAGUUCAGCCCCCAGGCUGUGGUGGGAAAACACCAGGGCCAGGCGUGCCUCAUGAUACGAGCCACUAACUUGCUGCAGCGGCCCCUGGUGGACGUGAAGGUGAGUGCGGUGCUCUACGAGGAGCAUGAAGGCCAGGCCCUACACCAGACCUCUCUGGAUUUCUACCUGGAUCAUCUUGGCCAGCAGCCCUGUCCUUUCUUCAUCUUCCCACUCACCUUUUAUCAUCCACUGGAUCGCCGGAGCCCCUUGUACCCCGCCCUGUGUGAGGGCAUGUCCAACCACUUUGAGCUGGUGGUCUUCCUGUCCGCCCUGCAGGAGGGAACUGGAGACUCGUGCCAGAAGAGGACAUCCUACCUGCGCCAGGAGAUCCAGUUUGACCGCCGCUUUGUUCCCGCCCUGGGGCUGGACGCUCGGGGCAGAUACAUAGUGAGCACUCAGCAUUUUGAAACGGCCCACUCAAAGGAACCUCUGAGCAAGGACUGUGUGGUACAGAUCAACGGGGACGGCAGUGAACGCAUGGAGUAG